AUGAAGGACAAAUCGCACUUGGCCAACCUGAUUGCAUCCUAUGAUGAAACGGCUGGCUACAUCGACAAGGAGGGAGCAGUGGACACAAUAGAUCUUGACUUCAGUACAGCUUUUGAAAUAAUUUCCCACUGCACUUUCACUCACAAACGGAGGAAAUAUGGUGUGAACAAGCUGGUUCGAGUACCACGGACGGGAUGGGUGUACAGGAACGUGGCGAAGCCAGAGAGCGUAUCUGAUCAUAUGUACAGGAUGGCGAUGAUGGCUUUGGUGACCGAAGACAAGAGCCUUAACAAAGACAGAUGCAUACGAUUAGCUUUGGUUCACGAUAUGGCUGAAUGCAUUGUUGGAGAUAUUGCUCCUGCAGAUAAUAUCUCAAAAGAGGAGAAACACAGGAGAGAAGAGGCAGCUAUGCAACAACUGACCCAGCUUCUAUCAGAGGACCUCAGAAAAGAAAUCUAUGAACUCUGGGAAGAAUAUGAAAACCAGUGUACUGCAGAAGCGAAGUUUGUAAAACAGUUGGAUCAGUGUGAGAUGAUACUGCAAGCAUUUGAGUACGAAGAGUUGGAAAACACCCCUGGCAGACUGCAGGAUUUUUACGAUUCAACUGCUGGAAAGUUCGUUCACCCAGAAAUACUACAGCUUGUAUCUCUGAUUAACACAGAGAGGAAUAAAAAAAUAGCUGCUACAUCUCAUCCACAUUCCUGAAGUGUUUCUAAAUGCUGUAGCUAUAAUAAA